AUGGCAUGGUUUUUUGUCGAAGCUGUGUUACAAGUCAUUGAUGGCUCUAUCUCUCCUCUUCACAGAAUGUACAACGGCAACCCUGUUGGUCAGCAGUUUGGUCCUAAAUGUAACCGUGGUGACCGGAUUGGUUGCGGUAUCUAUGCAGACACUUUCGAUGCCGGACUUGUCACUGUGUUUUUCACAAAGAAUGGAAAGGAGGUGGGGUCAGUGGUGGUGCCGGUGGCUCCAGAUGGGCUUUUCCCUGCCAUUGGCAUGCACUCCCUCGGUGAGGAGGUACGGUUGGACCUGCAGGCAGAAUGGGGUUCGGAGGAGGACGACAGCGUCAUGAUGGUGGACAGCCAUGAGGAUGAAUGGGCACGCCUGUAUGAUGUCAGAGUCAGUGGCACGCUUCUGGAAUAUGUCGGGAAAGGGAAGAGCAUCAUGGACGUGGGUCUGGCUCAGGCCCGGCAGCCCCUCACGACACAAAGUCACUACUUUGAAGUGGAGAUUGUGGAUCCUGGAGAGAAGUGCUACAUCGCCCUUGGCCUGGCAAGAAGAGAUUACCCAAAGAACAGGCAUCCGGGAUGGAGUCGAGGUUCUGUUGCAUAUCACGCAGAUGAUGGGAAGAUCUUCCAUGGAAGUGGAGUAGGAGACCAGUUUGGCCCUCGCUGUUUUGAAGGGGACAUCAUGGGCUGUGGAAUUAUGUUUCCUCGGGACUACGUGCUGGACUAUGAAGAUGAAAUGGACGACUGGGAUGCUGCUGAUGUACGACCAAAGCAGGGGCGUGUUGAAAACUUGCUGUAUUUGAAUGAUGAAGAUGAGGAAGAGGGAGAUGAUCCAGAACAAGAACAUGAGGGCCGAAAGGUUAUGGUGUUCUUCACCCGGAACGGCAAGAUUAUCGGCAGGAGGGAAGUAGUUGUCCCAGCCGGAGGGUUUUACCCCACUAUCGGGAUGCUCAGCAGCAGAGAAAAGGUGAAGGUGGACCUCCAUCCCCUCAGCGGAUAAUAAACGAGGAACUCCACGUCUCCAAUCCCGCCGUCAGCCACAAACGGAUGGAAAAGACCAAAAAAAUGAUGCUGAGAUUUCUGUUCUCUUUCUUAUGUUUCAAGGCACUUCAAAAUGCAAGUUUAGCACGUCUAACAUGUUCACUCCAAUGCAUGUUUCGUCUACAGCGUUUGUCUCGGCAGCGCCUCAGAGGGGUUUGUGGCAUGAAAUGAUUAAUAUUGGGCCUCAAAAGAACGGUUUAACUGGUGACCGAAAUAAUACUGAUACAUUUUAUUGCAAAUGCGUAGAAAAUAUGAAAUUAUAUAUUUUUAAUGUACAUGUACAUAUGUAAAUUUAUGUAUUGGCUGCUAUACAAACAUUUAUUUAGCGAAAUCAAUCAUGAAUAUUAAUAAACAGCUGGACACCCUAAAGAAAGUUAAA